CAGCUUCACUUUCUGUUGUUCGCAAAUGUCAAGCGUUGUCCCUUUUUCUCCCACAUAACCAAUCCCACCAAACCAACCCACCAAUCUCAAAGGUCAAAUAAACUUGUCGAGACGAAACAGGACAAUGAUGUUUCGUAACGCCCUCGCCUUAGCUCCGACAAUCAUGAUGCUGUCGUUGUCGUCGCCGAAAGGCUUCGUGUUUGGGCCCGACGAUCUCCCUUUCGGCUCCGUCGAGUGGUUCUUCUACGCCGGAUUGUCCUGCUUGCUGGUGCUCUUCGCCGGUAUAAUGUCUGGACUCACUUUGGGCUUGAUGUCUCUCAGCCUCGUUGACCUCGAAAUUCUACAGAGAAGCGGCACCGUCAUCGAAAAGCAGCAAGCUUCUGCUAUCUUACCAGUUGUUGUAAAACAGCAUCAACUUCUUGUAACUUUGCUUCUCUGUAAUGCUGCUGCAAUGGAGGCCCUUCCUAUAUCCCUUGAUAAAAUCUUUCACCCCUUUGUUGCAGUGUUGCUGUCUGUUACUUUUGUUCUGGCCUUUGGAGAGAUUAUUCCACAAGCACUAUGCUCAAGAUAUGGACUCUCUGUUGGUGCAAAUUUGGUGUGGCUUGUGCGGAUUCUGAUGAUCAUCUGUUAUCCAAUUGCUUACCCUACUGGAAAGGUUCUGGAUGCUGUGCUUGGCCAUAGUGAUGUUUUGUUUAGACGAGCACAGAUAAAAGCACUUGUUUCAAUCCACAGCCAAGAGGCUGGCAAGGGUGGUGAACUAACACAAGAUGAGACGACCAUCAUUAGUGGUGCACUAGAUUUAACUGAAAAGACUGCAGAAGAGGCUAUGACACCAAUUGAAUCAACAUUUUCCUUGGAUGUCAACUCGAAAUUGGAUUGGGAAGCAGUUGGAAAAAUUCUUGCACAUGGUCAUAGUCGUAUCCCGGUCUACGUCGGGAAUCCGAAAAACAUCAUUGGAUUGUUACUGGUUAAAAGUCUUCUCAUUGUACGAGCUGAGACGGAGACUCCGGUCAGUGCCGUUUCAAUCCGGAGGAUUCCUAGGGUUCCGGCAGACAUGCCAUUGUAUGAUAUCCUCAAUGAGUUUCAAAAGGGAAGCAGUCAUAUGGCAGCUGUAGUUAAGGUUAAAGGAAAGACCAAAGACCGUCAAUUCGUUGAUGACGGGGAGAGAUUCGAUAAGCAUAGAGUUGCCAAUGGGGAUUCUCAACUGACCGAUCAUUUGUUGACCAAAUAUGACACCUUAUCAGAUAGUGUUAUAGUCGAUGUUGAGAAAUCUUCGAUCGUCACGAAAACUACUCAACCAAAGAGUACUUUGCAAGGCUUUUCGGAGGAUACUGAAGAUGGGGAAGUCAUUGGUAUCAUUACCUUAGAAGAUGUAUUUGAAGAACUUCUCCAAGAGGAAAUCGUAGACGAGACUGAUGUAUACGUUGAUGUGCAUAAAAGGAUACGAGUAGCUGCUGCUGCUGCUGCUGUUGCCCGGGCUCCAUCAGAUCGUAGAUUGAUUGGUCAAAAGCCUUCAGGUGUUCAAAGUAAGCAAAGCAAAUGACAAAGAAGCCUAUGGAUCAUAAUAUUCACAAACCGGGAGAUCUUUGGUUAACCCAGGGGAACUUUAUCCUUGUAUUAUCUAAUGAUCUUUGCUGGUCAAAAUAGAAUCAAAAUCAGUUGUUUUUCGAUCUUGUUGUCGUCUGUCGUAAAUUCUUUAAUUAGUUUGUGUAUAUUGCAGCUUAUAUACAUUUAGUUCUGAAUGAGAAAGUAGGGGGGAAUUUUGUGCAUGGCAGUGCUAUUAAUUCCACUAGGAAAACCAGCUAUCUAUGUAUGAAUAUGAACCUGGAAUGGCUAUUGACUGGUAAAGUUGGUGUUUUGGUAGCCUCCUUGGGUAAAAAGGGUUUUGUUUCUUUCUCGAUCUCGAACUCGUAAAAUUAGUGAAAUAAUGUUGUUGAAAAAAAAUAGAGAAACGAAAGAUGUUCCGAAUUUAUUUAGAGAUAUGGGAUUGAUGCUACAAUGAAGAGCAUAAGGAUUUGAGUAAGGUAAGCAAAAUUGUACCUCACUUUAAUACUCCAACUUCGGGAGCACGUGGAAUUUAUUUAUUUAUUUUUUAGCCAUUGUUGGACGCUUGGAAAGAAGCAUGUGGUUCAACAACGCCAUCAACAAUUAUUAUUCCAAAGGGGGCAUAUUUAUUAAGCCGAGCAAGCUUGGAAGGUCCUUGCAAGUCUCCUAUUGAGCUUAAAGUUGAAGGCGUUAUAAGGCUCCAGCUGAUCCUAAAGCAUUCAAGGAGCCUGAAUGGGUUACCUUCAAUAAAGUUGAAAAUUUUAAAAUGUCCGGUGGAGGGGUUUUCGAUGGCCAAGGAACCAUUGCUUAUCGCAGAGAAGGUUGUGCAAAAAAUGACAAUUGUAGUCACCUCCCCGUUGUAAGGUUUCUUCCUUUUUGCAUGAAUUUAAUUUUUUUUUAAUUA